AGAGUUGUGAUUUGGAUUCUCAUAUUUUUCUUCAAUGAUGUUUGUUUAUCUUACUGAAGUGAGGCAAAUUGUUUUGAUGAAGCCAACUUUGUUAUCUUUUCCAAGCUUUUUUCUGCAUUUUUUUGUGUAUUGAUAAAUUCUUAUCAAUGUAGAGCAUGGAAACAUAUGCCAAACAACAUGAAAUUGAAAACAACUUUGAAUCAAUCUCUGGCACCCCUCACCUGAAGAAAAAGUUUGCCGCCAUUGAUGAAGCUCUUGUGUUUGAGAAUGUUUGCAAUGAUAUCUCACAAGCUCCUAUAGAUCAAUAUGGCUCUGGUACACUUCCAAACUUGAAGAAGAAGCAACAGCAAUCUAACGGCACACUAAAGAAAUCUACUGCCGGCAAAUCUCUACAUUCUAUUUUGCCUGCUAAAAUAUCUCAAGCAAAUGACUGUGCUCAUAGCAUCCAUCGUAGUGAGGGAUCAAUUUCCUCGGGUUUUGUGAGUCAUCAGGUGCAGGUCUUUACUUCUAAUGGGAACAUUAACCCUAACAUAAAAGGUAACUUCAGAGCUAAACCCCAAAUAAAUCAGGGUUAUGGGGACCCCAACUUCUGUGACAUGGACACGGCUUCAUUCUCGGGCUACUCUCAAACAUCCAGUAAAUUCUCCAGAUCUGAGGCCCACAGAACUUCUUACAAUGAGAGGAAGAACCACAAAAUUUCCAUGUUUGGCAGCAUUAGAAAAACAAGCCAUCACAACAUCAGUGACCUCCAGAAAUUCACGGCAGCUGAGCCCCUGAGCAAGUCAUCCUUAGGGAGCCAUGUGGAUGGGAAUUACCAUCCUCUGCAUGAUGGCCCCAACUUGAACUCCUCCAGGUACAAUGAAACACUUCACGGGAGGAAGCAUCAGCAUCACCAUCAGAGCAGCUCGAGUCUGGACUUGGAUAUUGAUCGGACAACUUCAGCCCUGGGUGACGGUGGCAAGAAAAUCAAUGAAGUUUUCUCAGAUGUUGGCCGCCCGGGAGCUAAUAGACUGCACCGCGAGUUUGGAUCACAGGGAAGCAUUGAUGUCCUCAGUCGCUAUAGCAGCGACUGUGACAGCCACAAGGAAGGAGCUAAACCUGAUGAUGCAUCCUGCAGUUCUGGAUCUCCUAAAGUCAAGACAAGACGUCUUGCGAGUAAGUCCUUUUUCAAGAAAAUCAUGAAUAGUUCUAGGUCAGAUGCUGCUUCCGUUAAGAAUCCUGCCUCUCGUAAGAAAUCAAUGCCAUCCUCAGCUAGUCAAGAGUUUGGCUUGAACAAAAUAGAUGGAGGAGGCAAUUUGAAUGUAACAUUUCUUCAGCCUGCCCCACCAACUGAUUCCUCCAUGCACUCGACACCAAAGAACAUUUCCAAGACCUCAGGCAGCAAGAAAGCCACCACUCUGCUGUGUGCCGGCACAAGCCAGAAUGCUGACACAAGUUUCUCAAGCUCGUAUGCCAAAGUUGAAGAAGAGGUUGUGGAGUUCAGCUCCCUUGAGUUGGUUCCUGACAGUCGGCUGUCUUCCGUGAAGAAAGCUAAAGGGAAUUCUGAAUCAUUACCUUCAGAUAAAAGUGAUGCUGGUUUGAGUGACAGUGUUGACAGCUGUGAUGGUAAUUCAAAAAGCUCUGGUAGAUCUCAAAAAAAUGAAGCCACAUCUUCUCUGGAAAAAAACAACUAUAGUACAAACCAAAGCACUUCUAACCUUAGUAAAACAAAUAGAAAUAAUAACAUCAAUAGCUUUAGUAAUUUUAAGUCUAACUCCUCUAGCAAUAGUAAACCUAACAAAGACAGUGGCAGCAACAAUACUAACUCUGCCUCUAGCAUGGCUGGAAACAACAACAACAAAGGAGAACAAUACUCAUGUGACUCUCCCAACAACAGCCCCUCUAAGUCAUAUUUCUUCCGUCCUUGCUUUGCACAUCACGACGUGCGGUCAAUGUCAUGUGUGCUGUCCCCUGAACAUCUUCAGUUGCUCCUGAACUCAACCACCAGCAACUGUACGUCUGCUACGGGAGCCUCGGCUGCGCACGCGUCCAUAAAUACAAAGAAAGAUGCCAGCACUGAUGCCCAGAACAACAACAACAACAGAAGUCCUGAGCAUUUAAAAUCUCCUUUGGAUGCCAAUAGCAAUGCCGGAACAGAUGGAGAUACGGAUACAGCACAGGGUUCGUCUGAUGGCUCCGCUGCCUCACUCGAGUCCCCGGACGCUGUGGAUGUGGACACCAUCUGCCUGGGGGAUGGGAGGGAGAAUGAAUUGCUUCAGUCGUGCCCGUAUUUCUGCAACGAGUUGGGCGGGGAAGACGAGCGAGUUAUCAGCCUCACACGGGAGACCAAUUCAUCCGGCGUCCUGACCAAAGCUAAGCUCAUGGCAGCACAACAACAACAACUGCUACAACAGCAACACAUUCCCUACAGCUGCACCAACACAACACUUAACCACAAGUUCCCCGUAACAAAAACAACGUCUCAUGAAGUAGACUUAAGCAGCGCCCGUAACCUCAACUCACACUACAUCACCCGUAACCCGUGCCAGUACCUGCACCGGCCGACAUCCGCUGCUACCCUGGGGGUGCUGGAGCCUAACCCGGAGACCCUGGACCCUUUCAUGGAGAUUACCGAUGCUCCUAUGGAGACCCGGAGCAAGAAUAUUGAUGCGAAUGCUGCUAGGAGCAGGAAAAUUGGUGCGGCGGGUACAGGAGCAGCGUCAUUGGAGCAUUUCCUUGGAGCAUCGCAGCAGCAGCAGCAGCUUUGUCCCUACGCUGAGCCGGUGCUUAGAGUAGAGGGGCUUAACUCCGUGUCUGCUUACUACAGCGACUAUUUUGUCAAACCUGGAGAUCACCAGAAUUACUUCGGUAACGACGAAGGAGGCUUUGGUCCCGUCGCCAUCAGCUACCGACGCGAGCGCAUCCCGGCGGACGCGGCGGGGCACAGCACGUCCGCCCUCCACGGCAGCCUGGCAGGCACUGGCGGUUGUGCUGACGGCAGGAGCAUAACUCCCUGCUUCCUGCACAGGAUCAUCAUACGCACGGCACAGCUGGACUCCCUGCAAGGCUGCCUGGUGGAGUGUCAUCUAGGAGGCCCUCUAGGCAUCUAG